UAUAAAAAGGACUUCUUUCACUCCCUUCUAAUCCUUUCCAUUCUCCACAACAAAGCUUCAUCAAGUCGUUUUCAAUUAAAAAGCAAAAUGCAACUUUUUAAUUCUCUCUACCACAACUCCAAUAAAGUCUUCAAUAUGGCUAUAAUGUUGUUGCUGCUUUUUGUUGUUGUUUCUACUUUCUCCUUGCCUUCUUUGGAUGGAAAUCAAACGGAUUCUAAUAUUGGGGUAAUCAAAAUAAAAUUAAUUUUUCUUCAAAAAAAAUUUCUUUUCAAAGGCUAA